CGCUCGCCGGGCGUGAGCCACUUCCGCGGCUCAGUCGGUGGAGCCAUUGUAAAUGACGCUCGGUUUGGCUGCAAAAGCUUCCCGUGUUGCAGUGUGGCUCAGCAUGGCCUUGCUGCCUCAGAAGAAGAAGCGGAAGGAUCCAGGUCUUCCUGGUGCCUCUCACUCUUGGGCUGGAGAUGGUCCCCUGACGUUGGCAAAGUUCUCUGAAGUUGGCAUAUUUUUGGUGGAGAGGAAAAUGGGCUCGAGCAGGAGAAGCUUUCUCUCACAGCUUGCUCGGAAAAAGGGGUUUCGAGUGGAAGAGCGGAUGAGUGAAUCCGUGACUCAUGUUGUGUCUGAGAAUAACUCUGGUGAUGAGGUGUUAGAAUUGCUGGAUAAACAGAGUGGAAUUUGCAGAGCGGCUUUGGUAGAUAUCACAUGGUUUACUGAAAGUAUGGGAGCAGGCAAACCCUUGGAAGUAGAAAAUCGUCAUCGGCUUCAGGUGAAGACAGCUGCUGAUGGUGGCCCCAUUGGCAUUCCUAUUUCACAGUACGCCUGUCAAAGAAGGACUACACUGGAUAAUAAAAAUAGUUUAUUUACGGAAGCUUUGAAGGUACUUGCCGAAAAUGCACAGUUAUGUGAGAAUGAAGGACGAUACUUAGCAUUCACAAGAGCAUCUUCUAUUCUGAAGUCAUUGCCCUAUAGUGUAACCAAAAUAGAUGAUCUCCAAGGGAUUCCCAGUCUUGGAGAACAUUGCAAAAAAGUGAUUCAGGACAUCCUUGAAGAUGGAAUCUGCAGGGAAGUUGAGGAGUUAAUCCAAAAUGAAAGAUAUCAAACAUUAAAGCGAUUUACCAGUAUCUUUGGCGUUGGUGUGAAGACAGCUGAUAAGUGGUACAGAGAGGGACUGCGAACUCUGCAUGAACUGAGAGCAUCAAAAAUACUACUCACAAAAGAACAAGGAGCAGGCUUACUUUAUUAUGAAGACCUCAUUGUCCCAGUAACAAGGACAGAGGCAGAUUCAAUCAGGAAAAUCGUUGAAGGAGCUGUACACAGAUUUCUACCUGCUGCAGUUGUCAAGUUAACUGGUGGUUUUCGAAGAGGAAAGGAGUAUGGUCAUGAUGUUGACUUUCUCAUAACUCACCAAGAAGAAGGCAAGGAACAGGGUCUUCUUUACCAAGUGAUUAACUGGAUGGCUGCCCAGGGUAUGAUAUUAUAUGAUGACAUCACAGACAGCAAGGACCAAAAAUGGAAGAACAAGGAGCCUGAGAUAUUUGAUAGUUUUGCCAAGUGUUUUUUGAUCUUCAAACUGCAGAAGGAUGUGGUAAAUGUUCUACGUCCGAACACAGCAGGUGAUCACGACCCUUUGGCAAAGGAAAUUGGGCAUGGUGGCCGUGCAGAAACAUGUGAGCGUGCAACUUAUGCCGCAGUGAAGGUUAAAGACUGGAAGGCUGUCAGAGUGGAUCUGGUCACCGCACCCUUCGGCCAGUAUGCCUAUGCCUUAUUAGGAUGGACAGGCUCACAGCUGUUUGAACGAGACCUAAGAAGAUAUGCCAAGCACUUCAAACAUAUGAGUUUGAGCAGCCAUUCUUUAUUUGACAAUGAACAGAAAAAGUUUUUGUCAGCUGCUACAGAAGAAGAGAUCUUUGCACAUUUGGGAUUGGAUUAUAUCCCACCUGAAGAAAGGAAUGCGUGAUGGGCUGAGUUCAAGUCAUCAGAGUCCCGAGAGUAAACAGUGAGGACAACUUCACUGAUCUCUCUGACAAAUGCACAUUGCAAAUUUGUAACUGGACAUUUAAAACCAAGUAAAAAUUGGUCAUUCACCUGUGUUUGGUUUUAUAUGGCUAGCGCACAUCUCCCGUCUGAUAUUUUGUAGAAUUGGUGAGUUCCAUUUUGAUCAAUUUAGUAUCCUUUCACAUGUUUCUGUCAUGCAUCCAUAUACUCAGCUGUUGGCUGAUCCAAACUCUUUAUGAAUCAGAACCUCUGUUUUUGUGUCAGAAGCCGUGAAUUAACAUCCCACUCCAGUGACUUGAGCACAAAAUCUUAGCUGCUACUUUUUUGAGAUAAGAAUUUAAGCAUCUGCCCUCUCUGGUGUACGUUAACAACCUCCAAGUUGGAAAAAGAAGAUGGUAGCUUUGCUUGAUGACAUUGUAAAUCUUGAUCUGAAAUUACUAUCACUGAACAAAAUAAAUAUCUUGGAUUUCUUUGCAA